CUUUGUGGUUGAGGUGGGUCUCGAAGCAAGGGGGGCUCGGACUGCAGCCGUGCCGAGACCCCAGUGCGUGUUUACUAGGAAGUAAGCCGAAGUUCAGGAGGAACGGUUCCCAAGUAAGCGUGCAUAGGCGUGCAAAAGCAAGGUUGCAACUAGUGCUAGCCUCACUUGAGUCCCAUUUCUUUCAGUGGGUCUACUUGCAAUAGGGCUCACACUGGAUCCUAAUGUAUAACCUCGCCUUUCUACCAAGAGACACACGCAGGCCUAUUACUAAUAUCACUAGCAUGAUCCUAACUCGCUGAAUCCACCAGACGACCUUCGCGAUGCACAACGCAUCCCGGCUCCUCGCAAGACGCCGAGGCUCCCUUAUCCGCGACUCCCUUACCUUGUCAGCAGCCAGCAGGAAUCAGCCGCAGCACCAGCAGAAGCAAAAGGAUGACCUUGCAGAGGAAUCCCUCGCCGGAGCAAGGAGCGAACAGGGUCUGCCCCUCUCGCAAGCCUUGCGCGCAAACAAAAGCGAACUAUCCAGUCAAGGACCGAGAAGAUGCUCCAGCCAGCCAGCCAGCCAGCCAGCCGCCAAGAUCUCCCUCGGCCCUGCCCGGGCAAAACCCGACGCCUCUUCGGACCCCGACAGCAGGCAGCGAGCGACCAGGAGCAGCAGCAAGAGCCACAAGUCGCCCGCGCCGCCGCCGCCGCAGCGGCUCCAGCGUCUCUCCGCGGCGCUAGGCGCUCUCGGGGGCGGCGCAGGUGCCUCCCGGGUGGGGGCGUUCCUCCCCGGGCCAGGCGAGGCGGAGGCCGUGUCGGUGGUUUCCGCCGCCAGCCGCUCCCGGAGCGGGCUGCCUUCGUUCCGAGCCGCUGCCCGCCUGAGUUCGCUCGGCAAAGGGGCCGGCGCGUCGCAGGCACGCACUGCUGGCGGCGAGGAAGCGCCGAGGAGGCCGAGCAGACCUGAAGGUGGGGCGUGA